AUGAAACAAGAAACUGAUUUCGAUAUUGAUGAAAUGAAGUAUCGUGAUCAUACACAUGAAUCGUUUACAUCCGAUGCUGAAUUACGGAAACGAUAUAUCAGAACAAAACGUGAACCUGGCCAUCGUAUAUUUGUUAAUCGAAGUUUACAAUUAGAUCGAAUAAAAUUUUAUGGUUUCGAUAUGGAUUAUACAUUAGCAUUAUAUAAAUCACCGGAAUUUGAAGAAUUAACAUUUCAACAAGUCAUUGAAUCAUUGAUUGAACUUGGUUAUCCUGAACAAAUUCGAAACUUUGUUUAUGAUCGAACAUUUCCAUUACGGGGUCUUUGGUAUGAUAAAUUAUAUGGAAAUAUACUGAAAGUUGAUGCACAUGGAAAUAUUCUUACGGUUGUACAUGGUUUUAAAUUUCUUUCUGGACAUGAAGUUCGUCAAUUUUAUCCGAAUAAAUAUAUAACUGGUGAUGAUCGUAUUUAUGUUUAUUACACACUUUUUAAUCUACCAGAAAUUUAUCUUGUUGCUUGUUUAAUUGAUUAUUUUUCUACUGCGGCGACUUACGUCGAAGAUCGAACAGGUGUUAAAUUUGGAGAAAAUAUUCUUUCAUUUCGUGCAAUUUUUAAUGAUGUUCGAAAUUCAGUUGACCGUGUUCAUUAUGCAACUAAACUUAAAGAAAGGGUUUGUGAAAAUAUUGAAAAAUAUGUUCACAAGGAUGAACAAUUACCAAUAUUAUUAGAUCGUAUUCGUUCUCAUGGUGCAAAAACAUUUUUAUUAACAAAUAGUGAAUAUUGGUAUACUGAUAAAUUAAUGGCAUAUUUAUUAACAACUGAUAAUGAUAAUAAUAAUCCAAAACGUGAUUGGAAAUCAUAUUUUAGUUAUAUUGUUGUUGAUGCUCAAAAACCAUUAUUUUUUGCUGAAGGUACAACAUUAAGAAUAAUUGAUCCAAAUACUGGAAGUAUGAAAUUGGGUUCCUAUUCUGGGCAAUUACAACAAAAUGAAGUUUAUAGUGGAGGUUCAUGUGAAGUUUUUUCAAAAUUAAUUGGUUCAAUGGGUAAAGAUGUUUUAUAUGUUGGUGAUCAUAUAUUUGGUGAUAUAAUUAAAUCAAAAAAACAAAAAGCAUGGAGAACAAUGCUUGUUGUACCUGAACUUAAUCAUGAAUUAAAAGUUUUUCAUGAUAAAAGACAUUUAUUUAAUACAUUAGAAGCAUUAGAUACAACAAUCAGUGACUUACUUCGAUCAUUUGAUAUGACUUCAAGUCAUGGACCAGAGGCUGUUUCAAAAAUUAAACAAAAAAUACAGCAAUGUACUCAUGAGCUUGACAUGAAUUUUGGUCUCUUGGGUUCUCUAUUUCGAACAGGUUCUCGUCAAACUCAUUUUGCUUCUCAAGUAACAAGAUUUGCUGAUAUAUAUGCUUCCACAGCUGUAAAUCUUGUUUAUUAUCCAUUUUUUUAUUUUUUUCGUGCUGUUCCACAAUUAAUGCCACAUGAAUCAACUGUUGAUCCUGAAGAACCGAUGCAUUUUAAAUCAUGGGGCGAUGAAAAUCCUCAAUCGAAUAUGCCUGCUCGUCCUCGUUCAAUAAUUUAUGAAACAUUUCCAAAUAUAUCUCAUUUGGAUAAUUCAAUAUCAGCAGUUUCAUCAAUACACACUCAUCCAGAUUUACCAUUACAUGUAACACAUGAUCAUGAUAAUGAUAGUGAUCCAGAUGAUGAUAGUCCAUCAAAUGUUGGUCAAGAUUUAGACUCCGAUCUUGAAUCAAAAGUAACAAAUACAUCACCGAGAAGAAAUGUGAAAUCAACAGAAAAAUAA